AUGUCUGCUGGGUUCCUCCCCGCACAAGCGCCCGCCGGCGUCCAAUGCCACAAAAUCGAUUUCACAGCUACCGACCCACCGUUGCCCAAAUACAAGGACCUGUUCGCAGCCGUGAUUGACAACGUCUUGACCCCGGCAGAAUGCGAGGAACUCAUCCGCCAAGCAGAAGCUUCCACCAUCACCUCCACCUCCACUACCCCAACUUGGGAGCGGGCCAUGAUCAACGUCGGCAAUGGGAAGCAGGCUCUAGCGACCGACACGCGAAAGUGCGGGCGGGUUAUCUACGACUCGCCGGACCUGGCCCAGAAGCUUAUGGACCGAGUCUUGCCUUUUCUAAGAGACUUCGGCCUCGAACGCGUUGAAAAUCGGCUCCGCGUGACCGGACUGGCUGGUCGCAACAAGGUUUACCAUCUCACACGACUGAAUGAGAGACUUCGCUUUCUGAGAUACGAAGGAGGCGAGUACUUCCGACCGCACUGGGACGCUUCCUACAAGACUCCCGACCGCCAGGAACAGUCCCUCUAUACCAUCCAUCUGUAUCUCAACGGGGAUGGGGAUCAGGAUGUCCAGGAAUUGAAGCGCCAGCAGGAGCGCGUGGAUAACGGCGGUGAGGUGAACCUGAACGUAAGUGGAAAACUUCUGGGAGGUGCCACCUCGUUUAUCCCCCGGUUUGAGGAACAGGAGACCCAAGUUCGCGUGUUUCCUAAGACUGGAUCGGUGCUGGUGUUCCAGCAGAACGAUCUCCUUCACGGUGGAGAUCCGGUUUUUCGAGGCACUAAGUAUACGGUGCGGACGGAUAUGAUGUAUCGCGUGCAGUGA